CUCGAAUAAUGUACGAUACAACGCCAAAGUCAACCCCCACGUAUCCUGAUCAGAGAUCAUUAGCUUCUGAUCGCUUCCCUGUUCCACAGAGGGACUACAUGCCCACACGGCCAUCGUCCAUUGGUAGAAGUUCUCAGAUGCAGUCCAGCAUCCCACUAAUGAAUACAGAAGAGCGCCAAGUUCAUGGACAGCAGGAGAAAGGAGUCAGUGGGCAGUCUGCGUUAGAUCUGACCAAACUAGCUCACGGCAACUCCAAGGCUGGUGAUAGUCCCCUGGAUCUUACUGUCAAAACAAAGAAGAGGCACGCCGAAGGUACAGACAGCUCAGAUUAUCAAAGCAUGGUUUCUGCUGUUAAGAGACCAAAGCAAGAUCCCGGUAUUUCUCGAUCUGUGAUGCCUUCUCAAAAAGGACUUACGAGCGGAGCUGAUAACGCUCUUAAUCCGAUAUGGAUAUCUUCUCCAUCUCCGAGGGGAACAGAGACCUAUGAGCAACGU